AUGUCGCAACAGGCCUCGGGAUCGACUGGACCACCAGCUGAAGAUGAUGACGAUAGAAGUGGGAGGGCACCUUACCAAUUGAGAAAGGGUGAUUAUCCUGCAGAUGCAAAGUCAACCAAGAGUCUUUUUGAAGUGCAUAUUAUGGUCCUGAUGAGGUUCAAGAGCUUCGCUUUGGUUAUGCAACACCCAACACCACAGCAGAAAGCAGAGAUGGAACGUUCCUUUCAGAAAGUGCAACAAUUCUUGAAUAACAAGACGCAAGCUUUUAAUGCAGUGCACAGUGACCUGGAUAAAUACAUGGAGGAUUUGCAUUCGGACCUACAGAAAGCGAAUCAUCGAGGCGAUGAGUUGAAGAAGGUGGAUGAUAUUGCGAUAAGGCUGGUUUGUCUUUGUAUGGCCACUAUGGGAUUGACAUCCUUUACGCCUGAUCUGUGGGGAACACCGAAUAGCGAAUGGAACGAGGGGCUUAUACGAAUAGCGAUAAAGACAUUCCAGAUCGCCAUAAAGUCUGGCGGGUACACUGGAUUUUUUGCUGUCAAGACAUAUUACGACAAUGACGCGUGGUUGGAAGCAUUCUACAACCACUGGGUCUUCUUCUACAUCCAGCGAAAGUUAGGGAAGAAAAGAAGGAAUGCCUUGAAAAACGCUGGGUUUGGCUCAGAGCUUCAGAGUAUCGUUGGACAUGCUCAAUGUGUUUCCGAAGAUGUGGAAGUGGCACCUGGAGUGUUUGAGGUGUGCAUAAAACCAGAACGGAAUCCACGGGUCACAGAGCUGGUGUUGUGGAUAGACAACGAUUUCAAGGACCCGGAUCUCCCCAAGCACGAAGCGCCAGCAAUGAGAGAGAGCGGACGUCGUCGGGGCCCAAUCAAACCAUGGGAACGAAGACGCAUUUUCCCUGUGCGCCCAGCAGCCACCGAAUUUGUCUUCCCCGAUGCUGGAAAUUGUCCAGUAGAUUAUUUUGAGCCAGCGUUCUUCAACUCGCUCGGUGCAGGAGUAAGGGCAACGUGGAGUGCAUCUAAACCCUAUGCAGCACUACCUAAGGACAUCCCUAUCAAGGAGAUCUUAGCAACCACUAAACCCCAUCAUGUGGACUGGCAAAAUCAGCAUUUCGAAUUUCGAUCGCUACGAGAAGAUGUCGCUGGAGCUUCGAAAAGCCGCGAUGGCUCAUCUUUACGAAGAGGACACACCUGCAUUAGAAGUCAAUGCGCAGGCCUCUUCAUCAUCGACGGCUCUACAAGUUUCGACUACAUCGGUCCAAAGAAACGCCAUCGCAUAGAAGCUGAAGCCCCUGCACCCCCUCCCGCUACCACCCGCGUCAAGUUCAAGGAAGUGGAGGCCGACAUCAUGCCUCAAUGUUUAGCCCCGUGGAAACAGGCAUCCGAUCGUGUAGGAGAACACUUCAAUCCCAACGCUUACCGUAAUCUGCUGGGCUAUUUCCUCCCAGACCCUCAGAUGAUCGCUGUCUGUGGUCUGGAGAGUGGCAACUACAGCACACGGACAGCCUACAUCACAGUGUGGCUCAAGCUUCGCCACGUUCUUUGCUACCAUCUUCGAACAUCAUGUGUAACUCCACUUGGACCCUCACAUUGGCGAACGGUUUUAGGAAUCGAGAAGAUGGCCUUCAAGCAGAAAAAGGCAGCGAAACAAAAGACGGAAGUAGAAGAAAUUUUGAAGAAUUCCGGGAACACAAGGUCGGUAGAUUUGGAUCGUCUCGACACUGCAAAAGUUGAAUGGAACGGUACGCCUAUCGACGUUGCAACAGCUGCCCCAGCUACGUUGAAGGAAAUUCUGUGGGAGUUGUUUGAGAUUGGGUUCCGAUACGAACUUCUCAUGGUGGAUCGUCAAUUCUACGGUGGUUCAAAGCCACGGGAGGAACGAGAGCCAGAACUCCUGGUUCCUUUGAUGCGGCAUUGGAAAGGGUCUUUCAUUCCUGCAGACUUUAGGGAAGGAAAAACGGGUUUUGCGUCUGCAGACCUCCUUGAAUGCCGAAUGGCGAUCUUUGGGUUUCUUCUUGUGAUGGAUGAAUGGAAGGAUGCGGGCAAACUUCCUCCAUCUCUCCAGCUGGGUUCCACGAUCCGCAAGCGAAUCGACAUGAACGUGACGGUAACCUCCAAGACCACCACUCGCGAAGUCGAUAAGAUCGAAUACACCGUCGCCCGACAUUAUAUCUCUUGUUUUGCUACGACUUUCGGACGGGCGCCCACUCUCCCUCAUCGUCUAUCUUAA